AGUUGUACUUAAAAGUCAUAGGCCUAAUAGCAGACAGUUGGUCGAAAAGGUAAUGCGUGUGUGCAACAUAUAGUUUAAUAAUAGUGAUAAUAGUUUAAGAGAAUAAAUAUUCAUUAAGAUAACUAGAGUGCAUUAAGCAGCGUUGAAUGGGUGACAUUCAAUUUUCUCUCAUAUAAGAACUGAUGAACUAAUCGUUUAUUCAUGUUAAGAUAUUUACUUGAAGAAGGCCAAAGGUUUAGGGGAACCUACUGUUUCCGGAAGUUUAGUCCAUGGGAAUAUUGUAGUUGGCCAAAAUAAAUUCCUUUACAACUAAGUUUUACAAGAAACAUAAGGAUUGUGAACAGAAAUACGAAGAUUGUAAGAGGUUGUAUCACCAACUUUGGACGGAAUAAGUGUAGUGAGAUAUGCUGAGGUGCGUGAAUGAGUAAAAGAGAAAAUAACGUAACUCUACAACAUCACUCAUGACUUCAAGAACGCAUGAUAUUGACGAGGGAUGGGCGUGGGUUGUCCUUGCAGCUGUGUACAGUGGAAUACUACUCGUGUCGACAGUGAUACUCACAGCAGGAGUGUUGUAUAUUGAGUUGCUAGAUUAUUAUCAAGACGAUGCAACAAAAACGUCGAUUAUUGGAUCCCUAAACUCAGGACUUUUAUGUUUGCUAGGGCCUCUUGUUUCCAUAUGCAUAAACAAGCUUUCCUGCCGAGUGACAAUAUUUUCUGGUGGAGUGUUUCUCAUGUUGGCAUAUUUGACCAGUGCCUUUGUCAGCAACAUCAACCUUUUGAUAUUCAGUAUUGGUGUCGUUGGUGGAAUUGGAAAUGCACUUUCAGGCGUACCACUUGCCGUUGUGCUGGUGUAUUAUUUUGAAAGACGAAGGAAUAUUGUUUUAACGUUAAGUCAGGCUGUCAUUGGAGUCGCUAUAUUUCUGGCGUCGCCAUUAGCCUUGUGGCUACUUGAAGAAUAUGGACUAAAGGGAACAUUUCUGAUACUUGCAGGCAUUUGUGCACACCUGUGCGUUUGUGCUGUGAUAUGUAAACCAUCAGUGGAAGAAGAAAAAUUAAAGAUAAAUGCAUUAAAAAGCAAAGACGUUACAAUGAAUAAGCCAUAUACAUAUUGUAAAUGCGAUUCUUUGCUGGAUUUACAAGUUUUAAGAUCCUUACCAUUUGUUUUAUUUCUGAUGAGUACCUCAACGUGGAAUUUCAUGUUAUCAGUUUGCCUAAUGCAUUUACCAAACUAUGUCAUGACAAAAGGACUAAAUGCGACAGAUAUAACAGUUUUGAUGACCAUUUUUAGUAUAAGUAAUACAGUUGGUAGGUUAAGUGCAGUGUUUAUUGUUGAUUGUAAACAUCUAGAUAACAUGGUGGUGCAUAUUUGCUGCCUGGUAAUUGCAAGCAUAUUUGCCCUGUUUUUUCAACUUUAUAAUCACUUGCCAUCUGCAGAAUAUGUCUUUGUUGCUGCGACAGGAAUUUUGACUGGUUUGCCAAACUCAUUAGCAACCCCCCUCACUCUCGCACUUAUUGGUGUUGAAAACAUUUCAAUUGCUCACGGGCUGGUUUAUUUCUUUUGUGGUAUUGGAUACGUGUCAGGUCCACCUUUAGCAGCGUUGCUGCUGGAAAAAACAGGCUCAUACGAGAACAGCUUUAUCAUGUCUGGUGCUGUAUUACUAUUUGGGAGCGUUAUGGCAGUUGCUGCAAAAAUACGUCAAAGAAAGGCUCAAGAGGAGCGGGGAAAACGAACGCUGAACGCGGCGGUGAAGAAAUGCAGACGUUUUUUGAAAAUAUUCAGCAGUGAUUCUAUUGCGUAUAUAACAUUUCGGCAAUUGCUUAUAUUUUCAGAUGAACACAACAUGUUUGGAUAUAUUCGGACCGCUAACCAUCACGUACUAUCCACGACAUUUUUAACCAGCAUCUGGAAAAGUGUAAAUUUAAAGAUUUGUUAAAUAUAUUGUUUAUUAGCGAUUCAAUUUAGGUUAUAUACAAACAGACAUAGCGGAUGUACUAUUUUAAGUUGUUGUCAUAUGUGCUAUACCA